AUGAACCAUCACUCUGCCUCUACUGGAUUCUCCUCUCAUUUGGUGGAUACCGUAUAUGAAUCUCCACUCUCUGCCUUCACCGUGCACUCAUUUCACUCGAGGGAUACUGUACAUGGACUUUCGCUCAAUCUCUACUGUGUUCUCAUUUCACUCAGUAGUUUACCGUUCAUGGACCUUAAAUCCGUCCCUACUGGGUUCUCCUUUCAUCUAAUGGCUACCGUACAUGGGAAUGCAUUCCGUCCCUACAGUUUUGUCAUCUUAUCCUACGGAUUUCAAUUUAGUGACAGAUACAUAGGCCCUCACUUUUUAUCUACCCUAUUUUCCUCCUAUUUCCAUAAAUGGACCCUAAUAUGUUCUCUAUUCAUUCAAUGGCUACUGUAUAUGAACCAACACUCUGCCUCUACUGGAUUCUCCUCUCAUUUGGUGGAUACCGUAUAUGAAUCUCCACUCUCUGCCUUCACCGUGCACUCAUUUCACUCGAGGGAUACUGUACAUGGACUUUCGCUCUUCUUUGAAGAGAGUAGAGAAAGAGGGCUUGCCCGACGCCAGUAUGACAUCCCGACAGCGAACGAAGUAGCAGUGGUUUAUGUUGGAGACGACAAUGACGUUCCUGCUACGAGAAGCCUUGCUGUUCAUUUGCGCAGACCGGAAGGUGAGCAGCUGAUGAACAUUCGCGACAUCGACAAGAUUUGUGACCCCCUCACAUAUCCCCUUCUUUUUCCAACGGGCACAGGAGGAUGGGAUCCAACUCUAUCAAACAACGUCGGCGAACGGGUUACUCAGAAGAGCAACUACUCUUACUUGAUAUCGAUACGAGACUCAUUCAAUCCGAUAUUACAUGCAGGAAAGCUCUUCCAACAGUUUGUGGUAGACGCGUAUCAAUCGUUCCAAGACGCCAUGGCUAUCGUGGCGCGUUUUGGUAAACCAACAUACUUUAUAACAAUGACAUGCAAUCCACAAUGGAAAGAAAUACAGGAAAAUCUGUUCGGUGGACAAACGCCAUCCGACAGACCAGACUUGGUAUCGCGCAUAUUCAAUGCAAAAUUAAAGGAGCUGUGCUCCGAUUUGUUCAAAAAACAUGUGCUUGGUGAAGUGCAAGCAUAUGUUUAUGUGGUAGAAUUCCAGAAGCGCGGCUUGCCGCACUGUCAUAUGUUGCUGAUUAUGAAGGAAGGAUGGAAGAUACGCACGCCUGAAGAAUGUGACAAUGCAGUCAGUGCCGAAAUCCCCAAUCCGAGAUUAGAUCCAGAACUGCACAAUGCCAUAACUUCUUACAUGAUUCACCGAAAGUGCGGCCUAGCAGAUCCUCGCUCACCGUGUAUGGAAGGUGGAUCAUGCUCGAAGCGAUUUCCGAAACCUUUACGACACGAGACAUCAAUAGAAGGCGACGGAUAUCCUUUCUACAAAAGACGUGGUCUAUAUCCGUUGGAAAUCCAUGGAUCAUCUUAUAAUGACGAGUGGAUUGUGCCUACAAAUCCUUACUUGAUCCUGAAGUUCAACUGUCAUCUGAACAUGGAAAUUUGUGGAACGACUUCAUCCGUCAAAUAUCUCUACAAAUACAUUUUUAAAGGACCAGACCGUGCAAACCUCAACAUCGAAAGUGCGAAUGAGCACGAUGAAAUAAGACAACAUCUCAACACGAGGUAUGUAUCCGUUCCUCAAAGCGUAUACAGGAUCUUCGGAUACCCGCUGCAAGGCAAGUCGCACACGGUCUAUAGAUUAGCAGUGCAUCUGCCAGAUUUUCAAACUAUAUAUUUCGCUCAAGGAAGAGAAAGGGAAUCCCUGAGUCGAGCGCAAGAAUCCAACACGACGUUGACGGCAUAUUUCCAACUUAACGCUCGAUGUGCUGAAAUCUUCGACGGCACAUCCCGGCCGGGGUCAUCUGUGGAUGCCAGGAAUCUCUACUACUUCCAAAUUCCUGAGCAUUUCACGUUUAGUCGAAACCGAGGAUGGACGCCUAGAAGGGGAGGUGGAAAGCAACUCGGACGAAUGUAUACAGUCUCACCAAGGGACACUGAAAGAUAUGGCCUUCGGAUCCUUCUAGUCAACACAAGAGGGAAGACAUCUUUCGAGGAUAUUCGUACUGUUAAUGGGACACUAUACCCCACUUUCGUCGACGCAGCGAAAGCUGCUGGCUUCUUAGAUGACGAUACUUACCUGCGCCAAAGCCUUCAAGAAGCAGUCCAGUACCAAUCUGCCGCAACAAUUAGAAGUUUUUUCGCGUGCUUGAUGUGUUUCUGUAAUGUUCUCCAAGCGCAAGAUCUAUGGGACGAAUUUGCCGAAGCGAUGUCUGAGGACUUCGUCCACCAAGGAGUAGACAGGGAACUGGCGGUCUCCUUCGCGUACUAUGACGUUUUCGAUAAAAUGAACCUGCUUGGGAAGGAUUUGGCGCAAAUCGUAACUCCGCCAACGCGUGACCGUCCCUCAUUACCAAGCGUUCCUAUUGACUAUGAAGGUCAUGAAAGAGAAGGCAAUGCCCAAUAUGAAACUCUCAAUGCUUUGCAGAAGGCGGCGGCAGACAAUAUUCUUGCUGCUUUGGAGGGUAGCGGAAAUAAAUGCAUCUUCGUCGACGGACCAGGAGGUAGUGGGAAAACAUAUCUGUACAACACAUUGUACAAUAUGGCGCUCGGAAGAAGACGACAUGUAAUAUGUGUGGCGUGGAUCGGAAUAGCCGCUAAUCUAUUACCUGGAGGGAGGACAGUAAACUCAACCUUCAAGUUGAACAUUACUGAUGAGAACCGUUCCUCCCUAAUGAAACGACAAGAGAGAGAGGCCCAACAACUUAUGUCAGCUGACAUGAUUAUAUGGGAUGAGUUAUCCAUGGCUCCGAAGGUCGCUCUGGAAGCAGUAGAUACGCUCUUGAAAGAUAUAAUGCAAGUCGAUGUUCCCUUCGGUGGAAAAGUUAUGGUGUUGGGUGGCGACUUCAGGCAAGUUCUACCUGUAAUAGAGCAUGGCCAGCGUGAAGACAUUGUUGCGGCUUGCGUUCUUAGGUCCAACCUUUGGCCGUUGUUCUCCAUCUAUCACCUGAACGUCAACAUGAGAGCGCAAGCUGGAGGAAGUGCGUGGCAGACACGUCUCUUGGAAAUCGGAAACGGCGAUGCAAAUGACUCCGAUGAUCGCGUUUCAGUACCAAACACAAUGAUGUGUGUGACUGACAUUGUCACGGAAAUUUUCGGCAGUGUUAUAGAUCCAAGUAGCACUUCACAGCUAUGUGAGUGUGCUAUAAUAGCGCCUAAAAAUAUUCAUGUAAACCAUUUGAACGAAAGCGCAUUGGAUCGCCUCCAAGUAGUUAAUCCUGAAGACGAGAGGCUGUACAGAAGUAUCGAUGAAGCGAUCCACCCUGAAGGACAGAGUGACCCCCUUUUCCCGAUUGAGUACCUGAACUCUUUGACGCCGACGGGAAUGCCGCCACAUAAUUUGCUUCUGAAGAAAGGCACUGUCGUCAUGCUUUUGAGAAAUCUAGACGUCGCCAAUGGGCUCUGCAACGGGACAAGGCUCAAAAUUGAAACAUUGGGCCGUUUUACUUUGGGAUGUCGAUUUUUCAAUAGGGAACGCAACGGUCAACUAGCCAUUAUUCCGAGAAUCGACAAUUACUGGGACAAAAGAACGCCCUUCCGUCUGCGUCGAAGGCAAUUUCCUAUUCGUGUGGCUUUUGCGACGACUAUUAAUAAGGCCCAAGGCCAAUCUUUUAGCAAAAUCGGUGUCUACCUUCCAGAAGACGUGUUUGCUCAUGGACAGCUUUACGUCGCCCUCUCAAGAGCGAGGACACCUGAAGGGAUCAAGAUUCAAUCCUCGACGCCCUUGCUGAAGAAUAUUGUGUAUACCGAAGUGUUGCUUUGA